AUGGCAGGGCGGGAGCAUCACCUUGAAGCCGAGCUCGAGGUGCACGACAUAGUGGACGUGGAAGUUGCGACGAGAGAGGACGUGCUGGGGCUGAAGAUCCUGAACCUGAGGACGUCAGCAUAUCAGCUGUGUGAGGGAGCCGCAUGCGCAAGGGAGAUCCCAGUGUUCGGCAUGCUCGGCAGCCUGUGGGUCACUGGCAUCAUCGACGAGCUCAAGUUGUCAAAGGACGGCAAGUUGACACUAUCCGAGCUCAAGACGAGAGCCCGUCCUUCCCUGCCGUCCGAGGCCCAGAAGCGCUGCACCCACCUGCAGCUGAUGAUGUACAAGCACCUAUGGGAUCGGCUGGUCACCGGGGGGAUUGAUGCUACUCGGGUCGCAGAGUUCCACCGGGUCGACCUCGAUGCGAAAUUCUCUGACAGCUUCCAGAGAGCCGUCAGGGAGAGCAGAUCGCGAUCGUGCACCCUAAGAGAGCUCAUUGCCGACACCUCUGAUCUCCUUGCCUUCUGCCCCAACGCUGACUCAAACUUCCUCGUCACAUACCGGCAUCUUGGCCCUCCCGUGGUGGAGCUUGGACAAGUGCAGUUGAAGUUCGAUCAGAAGCUCUUCCUCUCUGUCGUGUCAGAAAAAGAAAAGUACUGGCUCGGACAAAGAGCUGCAGAGCCUGUCCGCAGCAGUGAGAGCUGGAAGUGUAAGUUCUGCCCUUUCUCGCAAAUCUGUCCCUCCUCCCCG